AUGUCUGGUCUACCAGUCACUCCUUCUCCUUCUGGUGCAGCUGCACCUCAAGCUCCCGUAGCUGGCCAGAGUAGCCAUCUGUAUCGCAAGCCUGACGAGCCUGCAGAUCAAGCUUGUCGUGCAGUACCGCAUGCAUCCAGACAUCUCCCAGCCAGCCUCGCAAGUCUUCUAUCAGGGUGAGCUCAAAGAUGCGGACAGCACCAAGGUAAUUGUGCCGGUGCAGCGUGCCAUGCGGCAGUUCGCGAAGGCGACGUUCGGGCCCGCAUGGAGUGGCACUAAUCGUAUGGCCAUCUCGACAACCGGCAUAGAGGGAGCCGGCGACGUGCAAUGGCAGAAGACUCCGUCAAUCACCAAUGACAUAGAAGCCGAGAUAAUUGUCGCCAUGUGCAAGGCAAUGGUCGCAUUCCAGCCGGAGCAACUCAAGGACAAGGAGCCGCUGGAGAAGAUCGAGCCACGUCACAUUGGCAUGAGCUCAGACUACCGUGGCCUCUGCGACCAUGUUCGGAGCGCGCUUGACAAAGCCGGCCUGUCCGACGUCAACGUCGACUUCCAAGGUAUCGAAGUAUACACCGCCAACCAGGUUCAGGACCGCGAGUAUCCGAUCCACCUCGUCGCAUUUGCCAAGCACAACACUUCCGACCCGAGGGAUCUGGGCUUCAUGACGGAUGUCGGUCAGCUCUGCGUGCAAUUCACGCGCGCGCAAUACUUCCAUAUCGCGGUUGGCAACUUCCAGGCUUGGCGUGACGACUACUACCAGAACCAUUGUCGUACGACCAAUCGCCUGAAGCCGUGCUACGGUUUGAUCGAUUCGUUCCACCUGGGGAAGGCGAUCAUGCACGGGAAAGAUUUUGUCAGGACGAUUGGAGGCAAGGUCCCCGAAGCUCCCCAGAUGCCGGCGCCGCCCACGCUCCAGGCCAACCAGUAUAUCCCCAGUGGAGGAUCAGCCGCCGGUGGCUACAACCGCGGUGGCGGUGCUGGUGCCCCCAAUCGCGGCUCCAGAGGCGGUCGGGGCGGUCCCGGUGGCCGCAGCGAUGGGAAUCAUCAACACCGAGGUCAUGCGUAG